CCGGUGUAUGAGUUGCUAAACGAAGUCUCGAACUAGCGCAUUGAGAUACCACUGAAGGUGACCGGAUUCCAGGUCCGUCGGACUAGAGCCAAUGGUGUUCCGGGAAUGUGGCUGCACUAGAUCUUGGCCCAUAGUGCUCUGCCGCUCUACCUAAUUAGCCAAUAUCCGUAGGGCUGGCUAGCGUCCUAAACAGUAGAACCAUAUAAAUGAGUUCUUUGCCUAGACUUAUGGUUGUGUGAGUUUUGGCGAUUCUAUAGGGUCAACCUUUCUUAACCAUGCAUCUCUCUGUUUUCCUUCCAUUCUUGGCUCUAACAGCAGCAACUCCGCUACUGCCACACUCACACCAACCCAAAUCCAACAUCAAAUGCCCCAUAAUCUUCGACGGUCGCAUCGCCUCCAACCUGACUCUCCAGUCUUUUGACACAGCUCAAGGAUCCACCCCUUACAAUCCCGACUUCGUCAAAGGUGAGAACCGUACCUGGUCCUCCAUCCUUCUCUUCCCUUCACCCAAAACCGCCCCGCAAUCCCGUUUCGACAAUCCGCGUCAACACAAGCCCCUCGAAGUGACCAUCGAUGACGGCUCGUUGUUUCGUGCGGGCGAAAACCUGCAGACUGGCUUCCGCCGUGCAGGUCUUCUGCUGAAAGACGACCAGAAUGACGCUGGUGCUGAUGCUUCAGACAAGGGUAUUGUGACGUUUCAUUGGAGCAUUAAACAAGACGAACGGAGGCCGCUGAAUCUGAGUCACGAGUAUAUGAAUGUGUGGCAUGAGAAGGCUGAUUACUCGGGCAACCAGUUCAUGUUCGUUGGUGGUGUUGUGCUUGUUGGUGAUGGUGGGACGGGUGUGGACACGAAGCGGGAAAGGGAGACUUGGAAGAUCCAGAAUGCGAAGAAUGAAUUCAUCUUCACGACGAAGAUUUCGAGGAGGGAAUGGCAAAAUUUUGGAGUGCAGUUGGAUUAUGUGCGGAAUACGAUCAAGGUUUAUUACUCCACAGGCGACAAGCCGUUGAAAGCGGUCAGCAAGGCUUUACCAAAUGACAAUGCUGGAGGAGGUCAGCUGCAGAUCGGUAUUGCAAAGAAACCUACAGAGACAGAGACGGUGGUAUUCGAUGGGUACCAAGAGCACAUACCACUGCGCGGUGAAGGACAGAUUUAUGGAGGCAUUUUCGUAGAAGAUAGCUCGGCUGGGUGCGUGAGUAUGUGAGUUGCGCAGAACAGUGUCAGGUGCGUGGCCAUAUAUUGGUGAACGUAUGUUACCGAUUGAUAAAUCCUAGAGAAAUGGGAUGAGACCAG